AUGACUUCGCCAGGAGACCUGAGUGCAUUGCUGAAGAGUCUGCACACUCCUCCUUCUGCAACAUCCUACUUCAGCGUCAGUGAAACACAAAGAAUGGGGUCUCUGCACUGACUUGUGGCACUGCUUCGCCGUUAUGCACCCACGACACUACCGUUCCAGAGCUAAUGUGUGUGGCGUGCGUCUGUAUGAGGUGAACGGACGAGGCAAUCACUUGCUUGUAGCUGCACACGACUGUUGGUGCAUUCAUGCUCAGCAUCCUUGGGUGUGCAAUCUUGAGAGUCAGUCUUGAGACCCAUCCAUCCAUCACUUCUCGCGACGUAACGCUUUCGAAAUGCGCACCACCCUGUCCAACGUGAGCGUGAUCACCAUGCAUCCCCCAGCGGGCGCACGAUUUUGCUCUUCGCGGGGGUUUGCUUGAUAGGAGGAGGGAACCAGGCACAUUCCCAUCCGUCUCGGCUCCGCGGGCACAUUGUCGCAUUAGUCCCGGGGAGAAGAAGGCCACGCAGAUGUUGGAACUAGACAGCGCGGGCCCUCCUAUUCACAUUCAUGAAGGACCCUAUUAUACCGCAACGGAUUCUUCGAGUCAGCCGUCACACUGACAAGUGCGUGCGUGUGUGUCGGAUGCUGACGGAGCUGUGCUAGAGGCAGACUGCAUCACACCUCUACCGUCAGGACAAAGGGGCACGAGAGGCUGAGCUCCCGGUGCACGAAGACCAUGCGCACAGCGCUGCGCGUCACUUGUUAAGCAUGAGCAUCUGA